AUGGCUCCGUCCGUAUGUCUGCAGGAGAUGAUCCGGGUGAUCCGCAGUGCUCGGACUCAGGGAGAGGAGAGGGGGGUCAUUCAGAGAGAAUGUGCUGCCAUUCGGGCACAGUUUCGUCAAGCUGACAGCGGAGGGCGGUCUCACAACCUGGCCAAGCUCUUGUAUGUGCACAUGCUGGGCUACCCUGCGCACUUCGGGCAGAUGGAGUGCGUCCGUAUGAUUGCUAGUCCUAGAUACAGUGAAAAACGCAUCGGCUACCUCGGAGCCAUGAUGCUUUUGGACGAGAAACAGGAUGCCAGCUUGCUUAUCACCAACUCCAUCAAGAAUGACCUCUCUCAUAGCAGUCAGUACAUCCAGUCCCUGGCCCUGUGCACUCUGGCCUGCAUGGGCUCUGCAGAGAUGUGUCGAGACCUGGCACCUGAGAUCGAGCGCCUCCUCAAGGCCUCCAACUCCUACAUCAAAAAGAAGGCAGCCUUGUGUGCUGUCCAUAUUGUAAGGAAAAUUCCUGAGCUAGGAGAGCUGUUCACUCCCUCAGCGCACUCCCUGCUGUCUGACAAGAACCAUGGGGUUUUGCACGGCGCCGUGGUUUUGAUCACAGAGCUGUGUGAACGUAACCCUGGCAACCUUGAUGAGUUCCGUAAGGCUGUUCCGGAACUGGUACAGAUAAUGAAGGGUUUGGUCACGUCAGGUUAUUCUCCAGAACACAACGUAGCUGGCAUCAGUGAUCCUUUUCUGCAGGUUCGUGUUCUCAGGUUGUUGAGGAUUCUUGGCCGCAAUAAUGAUGAAGCAAGUGACGCUAUGAAUGACCUUCUGGCACAGGUGGCCACCAACACAGACAGCAGUAAGACUGCAGGCAGUGCUGUGCUAUAUGAAACAGUGCUCACUAUCAUGGACAUCAAAUCAGAGAGUGGACUGAGGGUGCUUGCUGUGAAUAUUUUGGGAAGGUUUCUUCUAAAUAAUGAUAGGAAUAUCCGGUACAUAUCAAUGACAUCACUCCAGAAGAUCGUUCAGACAGAUCACACUGCAGUGCAGCGGCACAGGGGCACCAUUGUGGACUGCCUGAAGGACCAGGAUGCCUCAGUAAAACGUCGUGCCCUAGAGCUGUCAUUGGCUUUAGUCUCCGCUGCAAAUAUCCGCUCUAUGAUGAAGGAGCUCCUUCGAUUCCUCUCUACCUGUCCCCCAGAGCUUCGAUCCCAUGCAACGUCUGGCAUCUUCAAUGCUGCUGAGAGGUAUGCUCCCUCUCAGCGCUGGCACAUUGACACCAUCCUGCAUGUCCUCAUCACGGCAGGGGGCGAUGUGAGAGAUGAGACCGUGCCUAACCUGAUUCAGCUCAUCAGUGUCGCCUCUGAACUGCACUGCUACACGGUUCAUAAACUCUACAGAGCACUGAUCUCUGACAUCUCACAGCAAUCUCUGGUUCAGGUAGCCUGCUGGUGUAUAGGGGAGUACGGUGACCUACUACUGAAAGGAGACUGUGACGAGAUUGAGCCCAUGCAGGUAACAGAAGAUGAUGUCCUAGAUGUUUUGGAAACCAUCUUGCAGUCCCACAUGUCGUCCCCUACAUCAAGAGGGUUUGCUCUGACUGCUAUCAUGAAGCUGAGCACCCGCAUCACAAACAAUAUUGAUCGAAUCAGGAGUGUAGUCAGUAUCUACGGCAGCUGCAUUGAUGUGGAACUCCAACAAAGGGCAGUAGAGUACAACGCUCUCUUCAAGAAAUAUGACCACAUGAGGGCAGCCGUGCUGGAGAGGAUGCCCAUAAUGGAUAAGAAUUCUCCUGGCCACGCUAACGGGGAUCCGAGUGGCGAGAUCACUAAAGAUUUGAUUCAGACUACACCAAUCCAAGGACUGCUGAUCCAAGAGCCUGCAAGCCAGGUGUGUGAUCUUUUGGACUUGCUGGGUGAAACUAACACGUCUUCUCAGGCCAACCAGAAUCAAGUCAACACUACAUCCAACUCAACCAGUUCAAGUGUACAAGAAAACUUGCUGGAUCUGCUGGGAGGACUGGAGCCCACUCCUGCUCCCAAUGUGACUGUAUAUGAGAAGGGAGGAGUGAAUCUGAAACUUCAGUGCGACAAUCAGACAGAAACGGCCAUCACAGUCACCUUCACCGCCUCCAAUUCCACUCAGAGUGACAUCACCAGCUUCACUCUACAAGCAGCAGUACCUAAGAGUGUUCAGCUUCAGAUGAAGGCUCCGAGCGGUGACGUGAUACCAGCACAAGGCCGUGGCACCGUUACCCAGACCAUCUUACUCAACAACCCCAACAAGGCAAGCUUAAAGAUGCGGGUUCGGCUGUCCUACACCAGUCAGGGCACACUCUGCCAGGACAUGGUACAGAUCGACUCCUUUCCGAGUCCAGCCUGGAACUGAGAGCUGCUGCACGUUGAGGCACUGAUACAGUACUUGGUGAAGGGAGUCACAGUUCUUAACUUAUUGAGAAUUAUUCCUCAAUACUUUGAUGUCCUACGGUUUUAUAUUAUGCUUUUAUAUUACUUUAAAAGGAGUAAUGAAUACCUUUGAGAAGUGAGGACAACUUUUACAAGCAGCACUAUGGAAGCCCAUUUCCGCCAGGUACGGGAGAAAGAAACUGGCUACAGUUCUGACAGCAGUUUGUUAAAAUAUUCAUUUAGUGUUUAGAAAUAAUGAUUUUCUCAAAAUGUUGACUGAAUAUCUGGAAAUAGUGACUUUUUCAAAAUCUUGAAAUAAAUGCAUUCUUCUUUCAAAAAAAGGAUCACAAAGUAAUGACUUAUUUUCUAAAAAUAUUGACUUAAUAUGUUGAGAUACCUUCUUUUUUUCCCAAUGCCUCAGAAUAAUGAGAACUUACUUUUUUAAAAUUUUGAAUUAAUAUCUAAAAAUACUGACCUGUCUUCUUAAAAUAGACAUAAUAUCUGAAAAUAAUGACUUAUUAUAUGUACAUAAUAUCUCUAAAUAAUCUCUCUUCUCAUAAUAUUGGCUUAAUAUGUUGGAAUGAUUAUUUUCUUAAGAUGUGUUGAAAUUAUAUUUUAUUUUCUCAAAAUACUGACUUGUUUUCUCAAAAUAUUGACGUAAUAUUUCAAAAAUAAUGACAAGUUUGAAACAAAUUGACAUAACGUGUUAAAAUACUUAUUUUCUCAAGAAAUCUACCUAAUGUCCUAGAAUAAUGACAUAUUUUGUCAAAAUAGAAAUAUGUGAAAAUGACUUUCUCAUUCUCAAAAUACUCAUGUAGUAUCUUUAAUAUUGGUUAAAUGUUGGCUCAUUAUGUUGAAAUAAUCAUUUUCUCAGGAUAUUGACAGUAUUGAAUUUUGAUCAACAUUUCAAGAUCAAUAAUCAAUUUCGAUACAAGUUGAUGUAAUAUGUUGAAAUAGUGACUUAUUUUCUCAAGAUAAGGGUUACUUAACUACCUAAACGACUUGUUUUCUCAAAAUAUUGUCUCCCGACUCUCAAACUCUCUUCCCUCACAUAUUCAACAGGCCAACUCUGUCUCUACUUUUAAAUCUAAACCUAAACCUCUCUCUUUUCUAUGCUUAUAACUGUUCUCAAUCUUAAACCAGCCCUUUUGCCAAGUCCUGCUAUGUUUUUGCUUGCGAUGUUAUGACUGUGCUUCAUGUUCUUAUGUUUGUCUUUACUGUUCUGUAUUUUGAAAACCUGUAAGCGUCUGUUUUUUUGAAAAGCGCUAUAUAAGUAUAAUGUAUUAUUAUUAUUAUUAUUAUUAUUAAUACCUUAGAAAAAUGACUUUUUUCCUCAGAGUAUUUACUUUAUAUACUGAGAGAAUGGCUUAUUUUCUUAAAAUAUUGACUUAAAUCUCAAAAUAUCAUUUUUUCUCAAAUUGAAUUUCUCAAAAAUUGACUUAAUAUCUCAAAGUUAUUACUUCUUUUUAAAUAUUGACUCAGUAUCUUGAGGUAAUGGCUUCUUUUCUCUGGAUUUUUAGAAGCUGUGUGGAAAUGAGUUACAAACUUUUUAGAAAGUAAACAUUACUUCAGGAUAAUACUUCAUUAUUGCAAGAUAGAAAGUCAUUCUUUUGACAUAGUAAGUCAGCAUUUUGAGAAAAUAAGUAAAUAUUAUAUAGUAUAAACUAUAUAGAUACUAUGUGAACAUUUUGGCUACCAGAAACAUAAUUGUGGGCAGUUUUUUUCUCCACUGUGUGCAGGGAAUAGUGCAUAUGUGGAUUCCACCAUGUGCUUUACUGUUAUUUCUCUGAAGCCAGGCACUAAUGUGCUCCAUCAUUAGAAAAAGUGCUGCUAUUUCAUGCAUGUUACACUUCAGACAGCACCAACACACUACCGAUCAAUCUUAUACAUGUUCAGGUAUUAAUGAACUGCCUAGGAGGAGUGUGAGAGACUGGUCACUCAUCGUGUCAGCCAUCCUACACUAACCAGAGAGCGGGCAGGUCUGUAUGCUGUUACAGUAAUGCUGAAAGGACUGCAACCUCAAUCCUUUCUGACUGCCUUACCCUGUUAAGGGGGAUUCCGCUGAUUUUGCACAAUUUCUGCAUUAUGUAGUUGAGCUGCAAGUCAUGUAGUUUGAUAUGCUUUGUUCUAGAGAAACUUGUUGCUUGUCCACUGUGUGGUGGAACCAGACCAAAGAGUUUAAAGCCUCCAAAGGCUUCCUCACAGAAAGUUUUUACGUGAUGUAGUUAUGAAUGUACUGGUUGAUACCCAAAACUUUGUUUUACUACAAUUUGUCAAAAAGAUUCUGGCCUAAAAUGUAUUUUGUGAGUUUGGACCACAUCCUAAACUGAGCUGAGGAGGAGCUCUGAUAAGCUUGGGUAGGAGUUCUGGAGCUGCCUGCAGAGAUCGUGAACGCCGGACCGCCAAUCCCUCAACAAGAGUGGGCAGUAAUGGAGGAGUGGGACGAGAUGGGGUGGUCACAGGAAACUGAAGGGAGAGGGAUGAAUUUAUAGGGCAUAGAAGGAGGGGUUUUGGAUGUGGUCCUUUCCCAAACUCCAUUCAUAACAAUUCAGUUAUGCUGAAGAGGUACAUGCAGGCUGUUAUAAGGCAAAAUAGUCCCCAGAUACAUCUUAUUUGGAUUUAGCACUGGUUUAACAUUACAGUGAUGUUUACAACUGUCGCUAAACCUGCAUGCGUCUUAUUUUAGAUGUAAAGAAAGAAAUCCGAGGAAGUUCCUCUACAAUCCAUCAUUCCACAUCCAGCCACUCUGAAUGACUCGACCACUGACUGAUGCAGAAAUUCUGAAAAAUCACUGCAGUUCUCUUUUAACAUGCCUCCCUCUGCACCCGUCCCAUUCCUCGACACCCAGAACUGAAGCAGAUCCCAUUUUGAGUUUGUAACUGUGAACCUCUGCUGUUCUACUGAAUCAUCACUCAUUAUUUUGUGUGGAUUGAAUUGGUUUUAUUGCCUCGUCUUAUUUUUAAAAUAAAGUGCAUUUCAAACAAAA